AUGGUAAAUGGUCAAAAUCUUCAUGAUGUUGCAGGAGUUGUGCUUUUUCUUGGCUUCAUAAUUGACAGAAUGCACCACUACCUCAGAAAGCUAAUCAAUUUGAGAAGCAACGUCGGGUCAUCAAAAGAAGAACUUGAACAGCUCCAGAAAGAGAGAACCGGUCUGAAGGAGAAAGAGGAGAAGGCAUCCAAGGAAAUCAAACAGUUGAAAGAAAAAUUGUCAUCUACUUCUGAGAGACUUAAGAAAGCGGAGACCGAGUCGAAAGAGAAAGAGAGGAAGCUCGAAACCGCUGAGACCCAUGUCACGGCGCUCCAGAAACAGUCUGCGGAGCUGCUGCUGGAGUAUGAUAGAUUGCUAGAAGACAACCAAAAUCUCCAAAGUCAAAUUUUGGGGAAAGCGAAGAACUGA